AUGGCCAAAGGGGGCUACGCCGGCCGCCGGGUCCCCGAGGGCAGGCCGGUCGCCCGCCGGCCGAAGGGUCUGGGACCUGACAAGAAGAAGAAGAACUUUAAGCCCAGCUCCCUUAAGAAGCAGAUUCGCUCUACGGAGCGGAUGCUCCGUCAGGUAUACACUUAUUUUCAACCCUUUGUCUUUUCAAUGUUACUUUGGACAUCAUCAUGUUUGGUUUUCCCUUGAUUAAUAAUAUUUUAUUUAUUUUAUUUUGGCCAUUGCCUCCAUGUCUUACAUAUUUCUGAAAUCUUUGCCCAAUUUGAAAGUUUCUUGUGAUUUUCUGUGGUGUUCAGCGUAAUUAACCUUCACACACGGGUCGUAAAAAAUUGUGACUUUAUGUUGGCUUGAAUUACAUCGCUUUAAAAACUCUGAAGGUUUCUAGCAGAUUUUGUCGUAUUGAAUUUUUCUUCUAUGUUUUAGCCUGAUACUCAUAUCCUUGUGAGUGGUUGUAAGUUUAGAGUUUUUGAUGACGCUUUGUUAAUGUUUAUGAGAGUUAAAAUUUGUAUCCAGUAAUUUUCAUACAAAGUACGAUGUCUUACAUUUAACUGAGGGAUAAAUAAUUAUAUGUGUGAUUAAAGCGAAAUGCGAAUGUCAUAAAUACAGAACAGAAUCACAUACUACUCGUUGAUUGGAUAAUGUAAACAUGAAAAUGAAGCUUACAAUUUUCUUAAUCUGUCAAAAUACUCUUGAAUUCAAGGGCAUAGUCUCUCACUCUUUACUCACCAACAUAUGACAGUCAGAAUCGUCAAUGCUAUACCAUCCUCAAUUCUUCUUCUCUAGGGAUGUCUACAUAAAUAUCAUUUUUUACCUUACCUCAACCAUGCUAAGGUAAAGUUUAUAAUUCUGUAAUACACUGCUCUGCUAAAGAAGAUCACAGCACAAGUAUGGUUUUCUUGUGUAAAAAUACCAAUGAUGAUGAUGAUGAUAUGUUGGGUGGAGGUUAGAGAAGACGAUCUUCCAUUUUUCUGACAUCAUUACCUUGUACGUCCCCCUUUUGAUUUCUCUUGGACAUUGGAAACAAAUGAUGAUACAACGUGUCAACGUGUCAAUACUUUCUGUGGACUGCAUAACCAUGCUGUUGUACCAAGUGAAGGAAAUGUGAAGGCGCGAUCUUUAAAAUUACUUCCGAGUUAAAUUUUUAAUUAAUGAUGUUGAUGUCAAUGACUUGGAUUAUAUUCUGUAUGAAUUGCAUGAGAGGAUUAUAUUUGGUUCCAGACUGGCCUAAUUCCCAUGUGAUUCAACAUCAACCGCAUCAAAUCUACUUACUGUUGGCCAGCUUGUUGAUUCCUAUGGGCAUGAAAACUUUGUUGUGUGAGACCAUCCCAACUUUCGCAAAUUGAAUUCAAGUUUAUAGACCAUGAUUACAUAAAGAUUAGUAGCGUGGGAACGGUAGUUGUAUAAAUUGUGAAUAAGUUUGAUGUUGCAUUCUCUUUUUUUCUGUGAUAUUUUAGCGGCCAUAAAUCUAGGAGUCGUAGUCAAAAUAAAGCCUAUAUUUCAGAUACUUAUAUGGAAUUUUUUGGUGUUGUGUAUGUUAAGGGGAUAGUUUUGUGUGUUGGAGCAACUAUGAUUGUUUUCUUAAUCUAUUUAUUGGAAUGGACUAUGUUUCAAAUACUCAAAUAUGGUUUAUGAAACUGAAGUAGAUCCUCCCUCUUUUGAACUCCCUAUUUUAUUUCAAGUUCUGAAUUUUCUCUCAAUAUUUUGUUUUUAACUCUUACCUUUGUUGUAAUGUCUACUAACAUUGCGAAAGAAUGUUUUGACAAUGUCCGAUGAAAUGAAUUUAUAUGCAGAACAAGACUUUAUCUAAUUUCUAUGGGAAAGUGAGUAUCGCUUUCAUUCUGAGUGAAAUUUCAUCUUCAUUUCUAAAUGUAUCUGAUGUCAUUGGUUGGCCUCCAAAGCAAUGUUCCUAGUUGCCAGAUUGUUAUGUCCGUACACAUGGGUAGAACGUUUUGAAUGAUAAAAUGCCAAAUUUAACAUGAAGUUGUGUUGCUUUAUUCAUAAGAAAAUCCUGUGAUGUUGACUGUUUGAUGACGGUAACCAUAUGAUAACGUUUUGAUUUCUUGAAGAAUCUUCCCCUUCAAAUCAAGGAGGCUCAGGAAAAGAAACUGGAAAUGCUUAAAGAACAACAGGAGCUUCAGGCACGUUUAGCUGUUGAACGUAAAAUAUUUUUGAGGGACAGAAAGAAAAAGUUUUUUGGUAUGGUUUUUGUUGGUGCUCGUUUCAUUUGCUGAUUGCUUUGAGAAUCUAUAUGCUCUUCCAUCCUCAUUCCUUCCUGAUGAAAUUGAAUAUUUUUUAAAUCUAAUGCAGAGAGAAGGAAGAUCGAGAGGAUGAUCAGGCGUCUGGAGAAGCAGCAACGCCUAUCAUCAGAUCAUACCUCUGAGGAAAGGGUUUCUGAUCAGCUUUGUAAACUAAAAGAGGAUCUUGAAUAUGUCAGGGUAAGACCUGUAGAACAUUUUUAUAUCGUAUUGCCUUUGCAAUAUUUUGUUUUGGCUAGCACUGCCAUCUUUUUUUGACAAGUCCUUAGAAAGAAGGCUGAUGAUAAAAGGACAGUAAACCAACUUACACUACACGAACAUAGGAGAACAAAUCCGUUUUCAGGGCGAUGGUUAUCUCUAACAUCUCUGACUUACCAAGAACAGAACCUCAGUCAAAAGCUAAAGAUGCUCGUGACUGUGGCAGCUUUUAGAAUAAAAACUCCUUCGACUUUAAUUCCUGAGCCAAAAUGAAGAUAUUUGGUCUUUGAGGUGCCGAAUUUGUGCACCAUUCUUGUAGAAGAUGAUCUGAUCAACUCAAUAGGAGUUUAAAGAGCUACAGUAAAUUCAUUUAUGAACAGUUAUCGCUUCUUUACCAACAAAUUCAUCUACAAAUCUCAGAGUUGAUGAAUUUAUAUACCCGUGGUCGUUUUGCUAUCAAGUCUUCCCUCUCACUGUACAAUUCCAAAGUGAUUUUACCAAAACAUCUGUAACGAAGUAUUCGCAUGCAAAGCAAGAUAAAAAGUUGGCCAACAUGUCUUUUUGGUUCUCAUAUGCAUAGUAUCCAUCCUUCAUUACGAGCAGGAACUAUUUAAAAACAUCCUCAUUCAAUUCCAUUCGCGUCAUCUAUUCACUACAUCUUUCCAAAUUCAACUUGAAACCUUAGCGGAGAUGUGUUUAUAUGAUGUUCAAUUCUUUAUGCCAUAGUUUAUUGUAGCGAUGAUCAAUUCUUCAUUAGUGUCCUGUUUUCAUCAGCUUGUUUUUUAUAUCAUUGGUGUCUUCCAGCUGUCUAUCUGGGCUGUUAAUCAUGUUAUUUAUAUCGAAAUAAGCUUUAUGGUUGUUUCUAGAUCACUAUAGAUGCACGCUUUGUAGAUCUUCUUCUUUUUGAAACCUAUGAAGUUUUGUAUACGACGAACCUAUCAGAAUGCUGCCUAUAAUUUUGUCGCAUUUUUUCCAUGUUUUCCUUGUUAAUCACAUAUUUGGUAUAUAUUCGGGCUACAAUUAAUUGCUAUAAGACGUAGUUGCUAACUCUUGAAUUGUGUCUUCUGAACUCCAGUUCUUUCCAAAGACAGAGAAAUAUAUUCCUUUGUUCAUUGGAGUGGAUGACGCAGAUAUGAUUGAAAAGAGAAAUAAACUACGGAAGCAGAUAAAGACUAACUUGAUAGCUGCUGCUGCCAGUGGGAAGGACCUGGAAGGUACCCUUUACUGUCCUGGAUAUAUCUUUUCCCUUGAAAUCCCUUAUUCCUUUGUCAUUGAUAAAAUGCACGGCAAUGCUAAAGGUUUUCAAUGAAAGAUUAAAUACAAGAGUUUGGCACUCUGCGAUGAUCAGAUGCAACAGAUAAGUAUGAGCAGUUAAGCUGUUCGCCUGAACCUUGUAAAGAAUCGCCUGACUCACACAGGACCAAGAUGGACCUUAGUUCGGGAGAAUUUAGGGUGUUUCUAUGGCUCGUGAAAGCCUCCCAUAUGAUGCAUGCAUGAUGUUAACUGACCUGGUCGUGGAAUGUAGUCUCAGUCACCGACCUAGUCAUCAUUGUCACCUUCUAGUCCAAACCAGGGCCUGCUUGCAGACUGAGCCAGCCAGCUGUUUCUGGUCUCAUAAGUACAUUUAUGCAUACUUUAUGCUUUAAUGCACUAUUUGUGCCACGAGUUAUUUCUCCUCUCUUUCUUGAUUUUCUAUGAUAAUCUAUGGCUGUACAGAAACAGGAAGUGAGGAUGAUGGACUUUUAGAUACGAGUGAUGAUGAUUUUUUCCUCAAUGGAAGCUCAAGUGAAGUUGAGGCUGAUGACGAAUGGACAGACAAGAGUACAAGGUAUUCCACUACAAACGAUUCUUUUUUUUUUCCUGGAAAUAUAAGAAGAGUAAACAUCUGAUUUUUCAUCAAAAUUGUAUACAUAAUACCUCACGUUGUACGGAUUUCCAUGCACGAACAACUCUCUAAAAAAUAUGUGACCCGUCCAUUGAUCUCUGAAUAUUUACAUGCUGUCUAAGUCAAUGCAAUAUCUGCCAAAUCUCUAGAAUAUUCUACAUAAUUUUUUUUUCAUACUUAUCCCCUGUGAUAAAAUUCUGUUGAAAGAUAAAUUAGGGAAUCCUACGUAAAUCUUAAAGAUACGAUAUGCCUGGUGAAUAUUCAGUUGUGUAACUUCUCAAUAAGAAUCGAAUGGUUGGAUGAGAGCGUGACCGUGCUAAUUCUGUAUUUAACUGCCAGACGAUAGCAGACAAGUUUGCCCACAUCCGAUCUGCAGCGUUUAGUCCAGGAGAAACAAGGUUAACUAUACUUGUCUCCAUGGAAAUUUAUCGGCUCUUUUCACUCUUCUUAUGGACAGAUAAUAAUUGUCUCUCACUUAGAGCACAUAAUUGUCAAGAUGUAUGUCUGAUGAAGUUGUUAGCAUCUGAUUGCCAAUGUGUUCAGUCUGCAAAAAAAUCAUUUGGAGCAAAGGGGUAGUCGAUUCUUUUGAGAAAAAUAAGCAUCCAGUUGAUCAGUCUUCUGUACAGCCAAAUGAUCAAAUGCAUUUCGUCAAUCAGCUCUUUGAUAUUUAGAUCAAAUGCUCUCAGAGAAGUUAUUUGGUGAUAGUCGGGAUGAGCAGAAGACAUUUAUUGAUACUCAGAGUGACCAGGUGUGGGGUAUUUAAUUCUUUGACCGCUCAAAUGAGUGGAUGACCAAUGCCUUGACUGUCCAAAUUAAAAAUCGUAAGUUUUGAUUUUUAAUUUGGUAUAUUCUCAACUGAUCCUGAGAAUAAUAUUCAUAAUGGGCCGUUUUUACCGCCAAGAUUAUUUUUAUAUGCAUCUACUCGAAAAACUGUCGAUUCAUAAUUUUAAAUGGUUGCGAUUUCAGUCUUCACGACCUAAAAAAUAUCCUAUGUCAUUUAUUUCUGAUGCGAUUAAAUUGUAAGUAUUUUUGUACUUUGAAGUUGAAGCAAAGAGCUCUAUUUUUUAUCUCUCAUUUCUUUACUGCUCUCGCCUUUUGUCAUGGAGGUAUCUCUAAGAUUAUUAUUGUUCAAAGGUUACUAUUCUAGAAUCUCUUAAUCCUUACCUAGUAUCCUCUCAUAUGAGAGAUCCAUAGUUUAGAACAUGAAUCGAAAUCAGACACAAUGGAAAACGAAUGGAUUUAUGUGGGACAUGCUGCACAAGAAUGUGUUACAAACUUAAUUCACUGGAGUUACUGACGCAUCAUUAAUCUCCCCAUGAUAUUGUUUUUCUGCGUGUAUUCUUCUCAGUAAUUUACCAUCUAGCUGCAUUCAUUGAAGCGAAUUUUCCAAAACAUUCAAAUUGCAGCCGGAAGAGUAAUCUUAGGAAUGGAGUUCUCAGUCCAGCGGGUAAUCCUCAUUGAAUUCUGGGUGGUCUGGGACAAACGACCUCGUUAUGUAGAUGGCCUUUUAGGUAUUAAUGUCGUCGUGUGCAACUCUGAUGUUGGCCUCUGCCCAUCUACUCUGGGUCAGCCAUGAAAGCUUCAUAGUAUCUAUCCCAUAAUUGAUUCGGAAGCUGUUAGAUGGGAUGAUGAGUGAUAGUAAAACUUUGUCAUCAUACAAAUAGCUUACUUUCCCUAACUGACUCUGUAAUCUUUUGAGCGCUGUCCCUAAUUGGUUCUCCAAUUCUAAAAUGACGGACCCAUCUGAAGCAUAUGACGUAUGGACUCUUAUUAUAUUCUUCACCCUGCAGGGAACCAGCUUCAAGUGCAUCUGGGAAAGCAGCAUCUGGCGUGUCCAGUGACGAAAAAAAUCAGGUUCCGGGCUUGGAUCUUCUCUCUCUCUCUCUCUCUCUCUCUCUCUCUCUCUCUCUCUCGCUCGCUCAAUGGUGGCAUUUCUCAUCCUUCUCCUUUGAUCAUGUUAUACAGAGACACGAGUCGGCUCGGGCUCUCAUGCCGCCACCAAGACCCUUCAGUCGCCCCUCCAAGAACGCCGGUCAUAGGCAAUCGAGACCGUCGGGCUCGUCAAGGGGGCGGCCCUCUUCAGGGAAGGCGAAGCCAUCCACAUCCAGCAACACGUCACACAGCUGGAGUGGCCCGUCAAAGAAGGGGGCCUCCUCCAGCGCCCGCGCAGACCAUAGCAGCAACCUGAGCUCCAAUUCGGACGCCCACAAGCCUCGUCGGAAGAGGCGGCCCAAGAAGAAGAAGCAGGCCUGACCCAACCUCUGCUGAGCGCCGUGAGCCUGGAAACUCUCCAUUUUUAUUGUCAUUUUUCUGAAACCCUGGCGAGUGCAUCCAAUGAUGAAGAUACAAAAGUGGGCCGACAGAUGGAAGCCCUGAAUCCUAUUCAGGAAGCGGCAUUAAAUUAUAUAUUUUUCUAUCAUUUAUUUCUUUCUACCUGAUCCCCAGCCAGGUUUCUAUUCUUGUGUUAUGGAGGGAAGACGGUUUCCUGUGCUUGGACUACUUCAAACAACGGCUAUAAAGGCCAAUUGGCCCUCUCUGUUCCUGGAUCUCCUCGCAAGGAGCAGCAUCUGCCUGAAAAGUCUCUGAGCAUCAUCCCUAAUGUCUUUCUCAUUGACACGAUCUGGGUUCUUCUUAAUAUGCCUUAAUUCUCUGGGAGAGAGGUUGGAAUUAUAAGGUCAUGUAGUGUUUGGGUGAUGGUUUAGAGAAUUCUAUUGGUAUACUCCAAUAUGGGGCCUCAAGGUCCAGCCUAGUAAGAAAUACUGGCCCUUUUUGGGCGGAUUUCUGCAUGGUUGGGUUAGCGUUCAUGGGGUCUCCCUCUCUCUCUCUCUCUCUCUCUCUCUCCUUACCUCCGAAAAGUGGGUAUUAUUUCCCAGAUGGAUUCAUCAAAAAUCCACAGUUGGCGCAGAGGAAGCAAAAAAAAAUAUAUUAGGGUGUUGCUUCCUUGAAAAAAGUAUCAAGGUUAUCUUGAUCUGCUGGACAUAUCGUCGAACAGGUAACCGGGGCCUUCCUCGGGGCAGAGCUCCUCGUCCUCCACAGCGAGGAGGCCGCCGCGACCGGCGAGGAGAUGAUGUACCGUCUCGUAGAUCCUCUCCCGCAGAGGAUGCUCGCCGUCGCCGGAGACGAAGGAGCUCACCACGCCGUCCAACUCGAUCUCGCUCCGCCCCGUGGUCUUCCUUCCCGGCCUGCCCCCCAACGCCUUCCUUGUCCUCUGGGCGUCCUCCACCCUGUUGGCGCCCAUGUAGAUGCUCCAUAGCUGCACGUGGGCUCCGUCGGCGGCCCCCGCACCGAGCUCCUCUUCGAUCUUCUCCAGCUCCGCCACCGCGAGCUCCGCUAGCUCGACGGCGCCACCUGCCCGGCAGCCCGCCAAGACGGAGCCCCACACGGAGGCGAGCGGCCGCAUGGGCAUGGCCCUGGCGAGCUCCACAGCCUCCUCCAACCGCCCCACCUUGCAGAGCAUGUCCACGGCGCAGGCGUAG